GCCAGGAGCAAGCGUUGGCCACAUGUGUUUUGCAGACUGUGGAGAAAGAUCGUCGAAAAUGCCGUGUUUACGUAAUCCGUGGUAACGUGACGUUGAAACAGUACUCCUGAACUCGCUGCUGUUGUGACAAAAUUUUUAACCUGCACAUCAAACAAUCCAGGAUAGAUACGCAAAAUAUAAAGAAGAACGCAAAGAAGAAAAAUUACUUGUAUUAACAAGGUGUAUUCUGAUUAUGUACUCAAGUUUCUCGUUUCUACUCGGCACGCACCGCGUAUACCCUUGUAUUUCUUCGACAUAUAUCAUCUAUAAAGAAGGUAGAUUAACCAUCAUUUAAUUAUUCAUCAUCGGUUAGGAAAAUAUUUAUACCGGCUGAUUUUCGAUCGUCUAGUGAAAUCGCCGAGUCAGCGUGUUCUUAACCACGCAACCUAUUGCCUCGUGUACAUAAAACGAGAAUUCUCCGUACAUUCGAUUGAAUUUUAGUAGAAAUUUUUUCGUCAGAAAUUUGUUCUUCGUUGAAUUUCUAAAGAACAUUCUGGUACGACUGAAUUAAAAAAGUAUAAGAGAAAAAAAGAGACGUUAUAGGUACUCAGUAACGACCGCGUGUGCACGCCGCGCCUUCUGGAAAGAGCGAUUCCUCGUGACGAGUUUCGAGUGGGCUUUCUAUUCGUCAACGGCUAAUGUUCUACGUUUGUGUUAAAUUUAACGCCAAUUUCUAUUAAAUUUAACGUGUUCGUGCUUUGUCGAGCACGAACUCGAAGGAGACAUGCAUCCAGUCUGUAGUAUGGAAGAUAUCCUUAGAUUGAUGUUUUAAAGCCGAAUCGACACACGAUACGUCUCGAAUCUCUAAUCAGGCAACGAGGCUGUUCGGUUAGAUUAAUGUGUCCGACGGUGUUCAACGUUCCUCAGGACUCCUCAACCGCCUGAGAGGAAAUAAUAUCUUAUAAAACCUUUUUGAACAAAAUCCUCGUGUUGGAACCUCGUGUUUUGUCUUUCCGCGGGUACUGUUUAAAAUGGCGACCAAGGUAGCCAGUGGUACGCAGGGAAGUGCCGAGAAGGAACAGGGGCCCGGAGUCUCUUAUGCAAGUAUCUUGAACCCAAAAAGUGGCAGUGAGACCCGAGUUGUUAACAAAGGUAACAACAAGGAGAACAUUGGUAGUCAAGUGGUUCAACAACAAUCCGUACCCAUCAAGGAUUGUAUUGCUUCUCAGAAUUUAACUGUUAAAGGGAAAUCUUAUCAAAGAACUGGUAGGAGAAUCAAUCCACAAAACAAAAUUGAGAAACGUUAUGUUAACGAAUUACCAACUGCCACUGAACAAAAUCAGUUAGUUAUUCAGAAGGAGAAUUUAGUCGAGGAAAGACAAGAAGCCACUGUUGAACAAAUGAAUGGUGACAUAGGAGGCGACGGAGAGUUUCAGACAGUAGCACCAAAGAGUGCUAGAAGGAAAGAAAAGUUAAGAGAACAACAGCGAGAUUUUAGAGAAAGGCAAAAACAUCGUGAUCACAGAAAUCCUCUUCGUGGUCAUACUGGAAGCAAUGAGAGAUCAUAUAAGGAACGAGAUCGUGGAGACAGAGGAGGUAUGGACCAUGUUGUGGGAAAUAAAGAUAUUUUGAGAGACAAGGAAGAAACAGAGGCAGAAUCGGAAAUUCAAUCUUCAGCUCCUGUCAAAUAUGUAGAAGCUCCUUUACCUGCAGUCAAUCCUUGGACCAAAAGUAAAAUUACAAUACCAGUUACACCUGCAAAUUUUGUCACUACUGUACCCUCAGGGACUGUGGUAUCUAUGGAAAAACAGACUGACAAAGAAAAAAGGGUACUUCAACCUCAGCAGCAGCAAGGGAUUGUUGAGAACGGUAUCAACACUGGAAAUCAUCCGACUAUUGUGACUGUGUCAAAGGAUAGAAGAAAAUUUAAUCAAAAGGCGAGUGACUUCUCUGAUAUUGGGGAUUGGCCAACCUUAGAAGCUUCAGGAGAGAAGAAGACGGUUGUAACAGUACAGAAGCAAAAUGGUGUGAUUGAACAAAAUAACUGCAGAGAAAGUAGCAGUAAUGCUGUUGAAAACAGAGGAAAAGAAAACAAAGAGCAAAAUCAUUGUCAACAUGAUGAUGAAGAACACUUGGAUAGUAAUGAAAAGAAAAAAAAAGUGAAUAAGCAGAAAUGGGUACCGUUGGAAAUAGAUAUAGCAAAAAAUCGAAGCAAAAGAGAUCGGUCACCAAAGUACCAUAAUCAGAGGGAAAAGAGUGGAGAAGAAUUAUAUCUUUUAACAGAAGCAGAUUCAUACAGAAAUAGAGAGCAUGAUAGGCCAGCCUACAUUACAAGAGGUGGACGGGGGGGAGGGCGAAGUUACAGAGGAAGAGGAGGGCGUGGUGGACGAGGCGCUUAUCGUGGUAACUUCAGGCACAGACAUGACCAAGUUUAUAUGCAGAUGCAUAAAUUUGGUCUUUUGGAUCCUAAUUACAUGAUGGCUUACAUGGGAACAUUUUAUUUUAAUAACGCAAAUUUCGUUAAUAUAAAUACAACAACACUUAAGGAAUUUCUGAGGAAUCAAAUAGAAUAUUACUUCAGCGAAGAAAAUCUUUUAAGAGACUUCUUUCUACGUCGUAAAAUGGACGCACAAGGCUUUUUACCUAUUACUUUAAUAGCUUCUUUUCAUCGUGUACAGACGCUAACAACGGAUGUUGGCCUUGUUAUCGAGGCGAUUAUGGAAUCCGAUAAAUUAGAAUUAGUGGAUGGAUUUAAGGUCAGAACGAAAAUAGAUCCUUUGAAGUGGCCUAUCUUGGACGCGGCUGAAAAUUCCGUAUUCUUAGAACCGUCUGAUACUUCGAAUCCAUCUCAAAACGAAGUAAUACUCUCCUCCACGUCCGAAUCCAAUUUUUGCCCUGCUGCGAGACCUUUAUCUACAAUUCCUAUUCCCCCAGUUCCACGCGUUCUUCAAUCCAACCAUAUUAUCUCAACAAUAGGAAGGCUUAGUGAAUCAGAAAGUAUAUCCUCAUUGACAGGCGACACUUUAAAUCCUGACGUACCGGAGUUCAUACCAAUUUCGAAUGAACUGACAAACAGAAAUAACGAACCUAUUGUUUUCAAUAAUACGAGUGAAUCGUUCAAGACAGAAGAACAAUCAGUAGAAGUGAGAAGCAUUCCAGCACUAUCGGGUGAUAAUUCAUUACUGCUCUCGAGAAACAAAGCCUCGAAACCGGACGAUAAAAUGUCCACAACAGUUAAGUGUUCUAGUCCAUCCUCCGUACCAGAAGUGCAGGUCAACGGAGAAUCACAAUCUGUCAAUGAUGUUUGGAAAGAGGUAAGACGAAGGGUGAAACCAUCACAUAAGGAAAGAAAUGAAGAGAAAGAAAAAAUUGAUAACGUUAAAAGCGAAGAAAGAGAGGAGUUAGAUUUUCAAUUUGAUGAGGAACUCGAUACACCACCACCAACUGGCCGUCACAAUGCAUUUUCUGAAUGGUCUGAAGACGAUGAAGAUUAUGAAUUGUCAGAUAGAGAUGUCAAUAAACUUUUAAUCUUCACACAAACGUCGGUGCCUAUGUCGACGCGUAUUCCGAAACACGAAGGUCAUGACCGUACUGGGGACUGGACAACAAGAGUAAAAAUGACCCAGGAUCUCGAGCAAGCUAUCAAUGAUGGAUUGUACUAUUAUGAAGAAGAUUUAUGGAUGAAAGAUGGUCAAAGGUAUGGAUCUUCGUCGUCAAUUGGAAGCUAUAAGACUGUCAAUAUGAUUAGUCAAGAAGAUUUUGAAAAAAUGGCUCCUAAAGCACCUAAAAAAGCUAAUCCAGAAGUUCCACCACCACCACCAUCCGCAAUAGAAGAUAUGGAAGUGUCUCGUUCGCUUCCAACACAGAUGUCAAUGACUACAGAUGGUCAAGAGAGAAGAGAUCGCCGUGUAGAUAGAAGUCAUUGGAAUGAUAAAUCGAGAAGUAGAAGAGGAGUGGUUCCUCGUUUCUUCGCGGUAGUAAAAGACGAACCUUCGGUAGAUCCUAGGACACCACGAAAAAGAAAAACACGACAUAGCAAUAAUCCGCCUGUUGAACAUCACGUUGGUUGGAUUAUGGACGUUCGGGAGCAUCGACCGCGUACAUAUUCCACGGGAAGUAGCACAGGAACAAGUCCGAAUGAAGGUUACCUUGCUAGUAGUUACGGAAGUGCACCACAAUCAUUGCCUAUUUUUCAUCAUCCAAGUCAUGCUCUUCUGAAAGAGAACGGUUUUACACAGCAGGUUUACCACAAGUAUCAUUCGCGUUGCUUAAAAGAACGUAAGAGACUUGGAAUUGGCCAAUCCCAAGAAAUGAACACACUUUUCCGUUUUUGGUCAUUCUUCUUGCGGGAAAAUUUCAAUCGUACUAUGUAUGAAGAAUUCAGGACUGUAGCCAAAGAAGAUGCCUCUGAGGGUUAUCGAUAUGGUUUAGAAUGCCUUUUUAGAUUUUAUAGUUAUGGUUUGGAAAAGAGAUUUAGACAUCACCUGUAUAAAGAUUUCCAAAUCGAAACGAUACAAGAUUACGAAAGUGGUCAACUGUAUGGAUUAGAAAAGUUUUGGGCGUUUCUAAAAUAUUAUAAACAUUCUGAUCAACUUCAAGUAGAUCUUAAAUUACAGGAGUAUCUGUCUAAAUUUAAGAGUAUCGAAGACUUUAGAGUGGUCGAGCCUCAAAUAAAUGAAAUGCUGCAAACAUUUGCUGCAAACUCACGAUCUGAGGCCGCAAAGAGACGAAACAGAAGUGUAUCCGAAAGUGCAGGUGACGGUGAUGCUUCACCUACCAACAGAGUUCGUCGACUAUCUGGUGGUUCCAGUACUGUAACGUUGCCAACUUCAAAUUCUGAGAACAAUUCCGUCGCGCAAAAGUCUCGUGUGGACUCAGUAAGUCUUUCGCAGUUUCGUAACAGAGCCGGUUCGUUUGGAUCUGGACGAUUAGGCCAUCCUAGAAGACGGAACGACGCUUGUUCCUCUUCAUCGAAUAUUCAACGAGAUUUAAGUAAACAACAACAGCAAUUACGAAGCAAGCAAAAUUCCGGCUCGUGUACGAAGGCUCAAGAAGUGAGUGGCAAGCCUCAAAACGUCAUAAGGGAUCGUUUACUGGCGAUCUCCAAGACCGAGCAGACGAAAUCGGCCACAAUCAAGACGGAUAGCACGUCGAUUUCUCAAAAAUUAAAUCGGCUUGAAAAUUAAUGGAAUAAGCUAUACAGUGUGUUAGAAUCAUUUAAAAGAGAUGAGCACAAGACUCUUUGUGUACAAAACGAUGAAUCUUGAAAGUGUAUCUCUCUGACGUUGGGGAUCGUUAGAGAAGAAUAAGGAAACACACUGCAAGUGAAGAUGAGACACUUUCGUUCGUGAGAGAAGCUCAGCGAGUUAUUUUUAAGGUAGUUCAUUAAGAUUGUAUUUACGAAUAUACAUAUUCGGCUAUUUUUGCUUAUAUUAAACAAAAUCCUAUUCGGUUCAUCCGCUAGGAUACUUUCGCUAAAAGUCCUAGCAGGAAAAAAGAGAAGAACCGCCCACGGAAUGAACGAACACAUGAAGAAUCCAGGCACGAUAGCAUGUACAUACAUUUCAUAUUGCCUAAAAAUUCGUGUUCGUUUAAGACAUUUAUUCGAGCGAAUUUUUUCAUUCGAAGAAAUUGGGUUACAGGUCUCUUACGUGUACAGAUUUAUUACGGCAUUAUUAUUGUUAUUCGCAAAAGUUACAAUUGAGAAAAUAUUUUGCUUUGUUUUAUCAUCGAACGAUCAUAGCUUUCGCAUCCACGAAAAGAAAUGAUUGAAAGAUCGAAUUGUACGAUACGAAAAAACAGAAAAUUGAGACUCCAGUUUAAUGGAUGAUCGCACAGUAUAAAUAUUUCAGUAGUCAUGAGCAUAAGAUUUUUUAACAAUUCUCAAAUUUAGACAUGUUUCUUCGUACUUUAUUGAUAUGAAGAAAUCAACUAGGUUCUAAAUUCAUAUAUACAAUUGGCGAAUAUGUCUUAUUUCGUCAUAAGCUAUUUUUAAUAUCGUUACAUGAAAGUCAUCUCUUUGAAAAAAUAUUGAAGUGCAUAUCGUUUCAUUAUCAAGAUUUAUUCAAAAUUUGAAUCGUAUCGGUAGCAAUUGGGAAAUGUUAUAUAAAUUGGUUGCAAAACGUAUACAAUUUUUAUGGUCUAUGUAUAUUUGUUUUUUUUUUAAAUUUUGUAAAACAUCACAUCUGUAUUCUAUUAUUUAUCAUUUUAGAUAGAGAAUUAUCUUACUGUGAAUUUUGUGUAAUUUGCGCAAGAUACUAAAUUAAUUACGAAUGGAAAAGUUCCAAAGAUUUGGCUUCAUUUAGAUAAAUUUUUUUUAUCAAAUCUUAGUACGUUAUUAGCUAUCUAGUAACACUGACUAAGCUCUUAAACAAUUUUAAUACCUAAUGAAUUGAACCAACUAUUGAAUUAAACAACAAAGAGAAAAGUGAGGUUGUGUAAAAUCAUAGUAAAUAUUAUAUUGACACAUGGAACAAUUCGUAGCCGCUGCACAAUGAAAUAUUUUAUAUAUAGAAGCUUAUAAAGUCGUUUCUUUACAAAUAUGCAUUUAAAUCUGUUAAUAUUUGAUAAUGUUAUGCGGAAAGUUUAAUACUAUAAAAAAGAGAAAGUGUAGUGGCAACAGUAGUAUCAUAGUCAAUGAUGAUAAACAUUAAUAUCAUUAAUAAUAUCGAUUCUAAAUAGAAAUUAUUUUAUCUUUCAUUAUCAGUAAUUAAGAUUCAGUUCUAUUGCUACUAUUCUUAUAAUUUUUGGGCUAAUAAUAUAAAAUUCCAAAUUAAAUUUUGUUUUUAAAUAAAUUUCAAUUAUAUUUGUUCUAAAGUUCAAUUUCUAAUACCUCUAAUAUUUUUAUAUAAAAUUAGAAAUUGAAAAUAACGUAAUAAUUAGAAGGUUCAUUCUCAGGUGUUUGUUAUAUUGUAUAUGUUGUCUUUUUGCUAUUUAUAGGAAUGAAGCCAUGAUUCUAUUGUCAUUUAACUGUUUUGAGCCCCUUUGCAUUCCUAAUGAACAAUUAAUCUUUUAUAGUUACUGACCAAUAACUAUCUAUUUGUAGAAAUGUAUGAUUACUCUGAUGUAGAAUUACUCAUCCGUAUAACGCAGAAUUGAUACGGUCAUUAAUUGGUUCUUUAAUUCUACAAAGAUUUUCAUCUGAUCGGUUGUCUCAGACACAUGAAGGAGUUUUCUUUCUUGUUAACCUGAUUAACCUAUUACGGACUAAACAGUCAAAUAAUGUAUAAAAGUACCGUAUAAACGCAACAUUAUUGAAAAACGUAAAUAAAAUAAUGCAGACAUUGCUGUGUCAAAUUACAAUAAUAGAUACUUUGCAAGAAGCCUUAUUUUUAAAAAAAUCAAGUUGAAAAGUCUGUCAAGUGCACAUGCACUUAAGUAAUUUUCUAUUGAAUAAGGAUUAUACAACCAGGCAGAAGUUUACAUGCUGAAAUAAAUAAAAUGUAUAGAAUAAAAUUGUUGUCUUUGAAGCCUCGUCUAUAAGAAAAACAAAUUUGAAAUAACGGUCGUUAGCUAUAUGGGGUUCAAUUUGGGCUUAGCUGAGUGCAUGUGUACGCAUUAAAUUUUCAAAGUUGAUUUUUUUAAAAAGAAAAGCGUAAGCGAACAGAUUUUACUUCUUAUCUAUUCAAUAAGUCUCAUUGAUUUAUUUUUACAUACUGAAUAACCUCUAAUUCACUAUAUUAUUUUGAAACAUUCUGUAUAUACAUACAUACUUGUAUACUACAUACAAUAUUACGCGAUAAAAAAUUAGGAUGCGUAGAAAUUAUAUUUCAGUGAUGAUGUAGAAACACAUUAAUUGGAAUAGAUGAAGUUUUGAGGUUAAGUAAAAUUAUUCUUCAAAUUUGGCAUUCUAGUGAAGAAAAUUACAAUGUUAUUAUAACAAAACAUCAAUUGAUUCAGAUUAAUGUUAUUCAGGAGAAUAAACGCAAAUUGAAAAUUUAAUUCACGAUUGAAAACAUGUAUGUACACACAAUACGAAUGGCUGGUUCAUUCUCAUACACACCGUUUCAAUUUUCCGUCGACGUGCUUUAUGUAUUGUUGUUUACUAACAAAAAGUUGAAGUCGACAUUAAUUAAACUUGCAUACAAGUGCCUGGAGACACUGCAAAUCUGUUCUUAUCUUUUAAUAUACUAGUCACACACUGACAUCAGUCAAUGCAUCGCGAAUAUGUUUUCACAAAAAUAAUGGUCGUAGUUACAAAGGAGGAGAUCUUUUUCUUUCUUCUUAUUUUACAUAUCGAACUUGUGUCGUACAAUUUCAUACUUGUAAAAUUGUGAUAACCGAAGAGAAACUGCAUCACAGAACGGUUGCUUGAAUCUUUUGUAACAAAAGUGUAACAUUUCCUCUUGAACAUUCCUCUGUGUUACUCGUGUCUCGCAUAUGAAAUUGAAUCAUCUUCGUUCACAGCGCCUAUACUUCAUAAAUUCAUCUGUCAUGAAACAAAUGUCAGUAUGUACUAAUUUUCAAGCUGGAGCAUUUUUUUCAUCCUUCAAGACUAUUUAAAGAAGAUUUCUUCUUUCUAACGUUCCUAUAUAUUCAUGGAAAUUCCACAAAAGAUAAUAAGGCUUAUUUCCGAACAGUUGCCAAGUGUUUUAUAUUUUUUUAUGUUUCGCAUUUUCCUUUUUUUCUCUUUAUCUUUUAUCUCUUAUACAUACUGGCUUUAUACGGCUUUACUUUUGUGCAAUGUUUUCUGGAUUAAUGUUACGUUUUUUUGGUUUAGAGUGAAGAAGACAGAGUUUCGUAUCAGGAAAGCGUAGUGGGGAUGGAGCAAGGAUAAAAAUGUUACACUGAUCUAAGGAACAUUGCACAUUCGAGAAAUUCAGUUAGGGUUUCGAACAGAAUACAAUAGCGUCCGCUUAAAAUUGGAAUAACCAGAGUUGAUACGUAUAUAAAUAUAUUUCUUCUCUACUCCUAAGAGUAAAAAUUGACUUACGUCGAUUUCUCAAACAAAAGUGCAUUGAAAAGUUCAUAAAACUUCACACAAUCAUAAAGAUUUAAGAUAUAGGAUACGCGAAUCUUCGUUAUUGAUUGAAAUUGAAAAUUCGUUAUUGCCACAUCCACGAAUAUAUCAAUACCAAAUCCCUACCAUUCACAGAUCAACUCUGGUUGAGUAAACACUAUCUAUACCAACAUUUAGUGAAAAAGAGAGAUGUUCGGGUUUUCCUAAAAAUAUACCUCCCUCGAUAACUGGCCAAAUAAAAUCCAACUCAUGACCAGUUAACGACGCACGACUGUAUAUAUUGUUCGUGUGACAAACAAUGUUUACUAAUAACCAAACAAAUUGUUAUAUAAGUGCAUAAAAAAGAACUCGAAAUGUCCAAGUAGUUAGCAACAAUUUAAUUAGAGACACGAUAUCGGGCUGUCCAAAGUGGUGGAAUAUCCUACGAAAUUUCUUUCUUUUUUUCAGUGGCCUUAAAAGAAAUCUGAUUGUGCCUGAAGUUUAAUGGGUUACAUCGAACUUCAUCCGAGUUUACUUUAGCCGGAAGUCACCGAGGAAAUUUCAUCUGUCAAGUUUGAAUGCAUGAACUUCUUUUGAAGGAAUUAAUUCAAUUUUUGAUUCAUCUUAUGAAAUUUUCUCAAAUUAUCGGAAGCUUAAGAAAAAUAGGGAGAGAUCAUUUACAAUCAAAGUGUAUAAGAUGUUUUAUAAUAGAACGAAUCAACGAUUACUCUUCGUAAAGUAAUUAUUUAAAAAAAAAAAAAAAAGAAGCAUAAUAUUUGCUUCCUUGACUUUGUUCUCGGAGAGGCAAUAGAUUUCGUAACUAUUUCUGAAAAUUGGUGAUUUUUACAUGUGUUCAUAAGUUUCAUCAGUGAUUUCGUGAUAAUAUUAUUUAUGAGGUGUUGCUUUGUGCGAUAAGUCAAACGUUCCAUGCAAGUUGUUUCAAUUGUUUAAAAACUGAAAAUUGUACCUAUUGAAAAAGCUCAUUUAAGUAAAUAUAACAGGAGUAUAUUUUUUAAAAGUCCAUUUUAGACUCAAGGACCGUCUAUAAAUUCACUUGUAAAUUAUUUGAAACGUUAUAAAUUAUAGGCGUGAUUUUUCAUCUACGCUGAAAAAUAUUUAAACGAAGCAGGUUAUUUUUAUCAAGACUGUUGGUACAAUCUUUCAAACAAUAAUAUUAAACUAAUGUAAAGUGUGAAAUAGGGUUAAUAUUCCCUAUGUUCUCUAUGUUUUUUCUGUUUCUUCCUCUCGUCGUCUUCCUUUUGUAUCUUUGUCAGAUCUGAAUUUCAACUGAAAGUUGAACCUAACCCCAAUUGCUAUGUUACAAUUUGUUUUUCAACUAUUUAUGAUUUUCCCAUCAAGUCAGUGAGCUUCAGAUCAGCUAUUUAGUUGGCAGUAUAUUUAAUCAGAUAUUUGUUGGCUCUUUAACUGAAUUAUAGUUAGAAAAUUUUUAUAGAAUUAUACAAGUUAUGAUUAAUUGCGUAUCGAUUCUUGAAAAACUUGACCUCAUAUUGAUUACAAAAAAAGGACGAUAUUUGUCUUUAGGUGAUCAUUCUAGAGUUCCUACGUCCGUUCGAAUGACUUUUGUGCUUGCAAUGAGCAUUUGACACGUGUUUAAGUCCAAGAUGUUGUAUUAUUCUUUGUAACAGUGUUGCAUGAUUUGACAAGUAAAAAUUUAGGUAUUUUUUAGUAGUGUUUUGAGGAAAUGUGUCACAGAUAAUUGUAUGUCUUUUUUGUAUUUAUUAAAAAAUACAAAAAUUAUAUAUGUCCCUACGUAGUUUUAAGUCAAUCGUAUAAAUAUUUUUUACGUUGCAUUUAAGAGAUACCAUUAUUUUUACAUAGUCUAACUAUUUUUAAUAAUUUUCUUGAAAAACAUUAUUAGAAAUAAAUCGGUUGAAACCUAACAACCUCUUAAAUUGUACAUCACGUGUCACCUUAAAUUUUUUUAUAAGAUUUACAUAUACGUUUGCAAUAACGAUCGUUCAGUCUUUUUUACAAUUUCGAAUAAUUACGAAAUGUUUUGUUAUUUAUUUUAAUCACGUGCCACUAUCAUAUAUGGUACAUCACGGAUAUCAAGCUACUUUUAUAUUGGAAGCAAUUUAAGAAUCAUGUACAAUGGAAAUAGAAAUUCAAUUUUUAAUCAGAUACCUUUUAUGCUUCUAUGUCACUUGAUUUGUGUUCUUGCUCUUUUUUUCAGAAUGUUUCGUGAGUCGAUAUUUUGCAAGUCACUCGAUAUACACAUUUUAACUUGAUUUUCUCUAAUUCGUACUUAAAAUAUAUAAAAAUUACGACACGCGUUAGAAGUUUCUGAAUUUAUCUUCAAGUAAUUCCAUACUCCUUUGUCUAACCUAUGUUUCCGUUGCAGAAAAUGAAACGAUACUUUUUUCAUGAAACUAAAUAUUCGAAAGGUAAAUAGUUUAUCUUAAGGUUUUUCACUCGCAGGUCCUUGCCAUUUUAUAAACAUUUUCAUUGUCCCUAUAUAAGAUUACAAAAUCUAAAAUACUUGUAUCAAUAAAAUUGACAAUUUUUUAAAAAGUAAUUUAUUAAUAGGUGAUAAUGAAACAUAUAAAAUAAAAUCGAUAAAACCAUCAGCUUAUAAAGGUACUAACAAUAAGAACAGCGAGUACGAUGAAAACGAAAGGAAAGAAAAAUAAAGUAAAAGAUGUUACGUACAGCAAUUUCGAACGAACGAAGAUCGAUUAGCACAAAGCAACAGAGACAAAGAGAAUAAACGCGAAAACGAAUACUAGAAAGAAAAAUAUGGUGCCAGGAAGUAAGCUGUAGACGAACGAAGGGAACUUUAUAAUUAAAUAGUGAACAUCUUAUGUACAUAGAACGUGUUCGUAGUCUAUUUUGCCAUUUCGUAUACAACGGCGUAGAAUUAAACUAAAACUAGUUUCUAAGCGAGUGAUUCAAUUUAAACUAACAAAGAGCGUAUCGCUAUAAUAAAGAAAAAAAACAGAUAUGACUGUAGGCUUAAUCGAAUUUAGAUUAGGAGUAACGACAGCUGCCGCUAGGAUUCGAUCGUCGUUCUGUUUCAACUUCACUCUCCUUUGUCGUAAUUGGUUUUUCAAUUAACCUCGAAUAUGUAUAUAUAUCUCGUGGACACCUUUUUUGUUAUUAUUUUGUUAUUUUAAUGUUUAAGCACGAUUGUGAAGUAAAGAAGAGAUUAUAUGUAUGCACUUGCACGAUGGUUGGACGUAAUUUAUUGUGAAACUUGGGAAUUUAUCUUUCUUUAUCUUUGAAGUGAUCACGUUCCAGUGGUUAUAACAUAUGAAGGCUACUUUUCUAUUAACACUUUACUUUUACCAGCUAAUAGUAUAUAUACAUAAUAAAGAAUGAUUUUAUUUAAUCUUUCAGAGCCUACUUUAUAAACUCUUCAUUACUUAAAUUUUGUUUGUUUUUGAAAAGGUAAUCGAUUCUAUUAAUAAAAAACCACAUCGACUAUUUUGUGUUAUAAAUACAAAAUUUAGAUCCAGAUCAUUAUCAGAAGAUUCAACCUAGCUUCAUUGAAACUUUAUCUGCGAUUAAUUUCUAAGAAGUUGAAUACAACGAAACUGAGUGAAUUCUACUGUUAAGGAAAAUAGUACAACUAGUACAACUCAGUACAACUAGUUGAAAAAUGUAUCAAUUUUUUCAAUGAUCUGGAAGAAAUUUUUUCAAUGUAUCUGGAAGAAAGCUAUCUGUCUUUCUUUGAAUGAACGACGAUCUUGUAGAAUACUGUAAAUAAUUUUUACCAGAAGUCCUCGGAUGUCCUGUUGUAAACGGCUGAAGAAAAUGCACUACAUUGCAAAUUCUUGUAUUGUUACUUAUAUGCGUACAUAUAUAUUCUAUAUAUAUAUAUGUAAAUUACACAGUUAUACACAGGAUACAUAAUUUAGAAAAGAUAAGGACAAGUGAGGGUUGAAAAGAAGGAAAACUGCUUUCUGAAACGUUUUUUUUAUGGGAAAAUUAAUCCUUGGUUUGUUUCACUUUUUUUCCUUUUCUUCUUGUAUCUUGAUCUCUUGAUUAAUUAUUGUAUUUAUGUAUGUAUGUAUGUAUAAUAUAUUUAUACUCAUCUUUUCUUCUAAGUAUGUCCGUUUCUUUUGCUUAACUGUAAUGGAUUGAAGAAAAAAGUUAUUAAAAUAAAAAAAAGAUUGUGUUAGUAUAUUAUAUUUACGUAUAAUGGUAUAUUUAGGAUUAGAAAACUAAAAUUUCUUUUCUUCCGAUUUUUCUCUAGGAUCGAUCGUGAAAAUUAAUCUUUGGUAUAUUGACGACGUUUACAGUUAUUGCAACUGGUUUUUGAAACGAUUAAACGAAGUUUCAUGAAACGUUUCGAGGAAAAAUUCCGUUCUUAAUUUUAAACAAGCGAAAUAUCGAUUUUUCCCGACUAAAUCUUCUUUCUGUUAUUUCGUCUUCCAUGUGAUAAAACUACUUGAAAAUUUUCUCGAUCGGAAUACUUUUCUUUAAAUCUAAUUUAUAUCCAAAAUCCAAUUUGUGAUUUUGAUUGAUUCUAAUUUUGUAUAUUGUAAUUAAUCCGACGAUCAUUUUCGCUCAAUAACUCUUGCAAUUUUUCUUACGAUAUUUCUUUGGAACGAUAUGAAAACGAUAAGAAGAAGAAUACUGACGAUUGACAUCAUUAAUUGUGCGAUGAUCGAUAAAUCAUUCGGGAGAGGAUUGAUUAUUCAAUAAACUGUAAAUCAAUCCCUAAGGGGUUAAUUAUUUAUAAUCGAUAAAUCAUUCAUUAGAAUGUUCGUCGUGCGAUAAUCGGUAAACUAUUUCCUAGAGAAUUUGCUAUGCAAUAACCUAUGGAUCGUUUCCUAAGGAAUUAAUAGAAAUUAAAGUACGAAGCAAAGUGACUUAAAAAUCAUACAUUCAGAAUAUCUAAACAGAUAUUGAAGAAACAAUAAAUAUGAGUGUAACGAAUUGGAAAAAAGAGUAUGUCAGCAUUUUAAUCCUCCUGUUACUAACUUUAAUUAUCAAUCGAUUGUUAUUACGCCAUAAGCUUCCAAUCAACGAUUAUCUCUUUAAAAUGAAAGAAAAAAACUAGGUAAAACAUUUUAACAAUUUUUACACUACCAUACGUGAUUAGAUGACAGGAAAAAUAGAUAUAAAGUAACAAUAAUUAGAAUCGACUGAAAGCAAUAGAGGAGAAUAAUACCUUAGAUUCAAAGAAUAUAUUGGUCCAGAAUUUUAUUCGAAUUUUGUAAGAAACAUGCAUAGACACGAACUGAUAGAUUCCUUCGAAGACUAUAACUAUGAGAACCUACUAAUAUAAUCUGAAUAAAAAGGGGAAAGUGAAUUAUUAAAAGAAAAAAAAAACAGACUAUUUAAUUAGGAAAAGAUCAAUGGUAUUUACUCGUAACGAUGAGUUAACUUGGAGAAUGUGCAAAAAUGUGAGAAAUGAAAAAAGGGAAACUUAUAAAAUAGAAUCAUAAAUCAAUUGAAAAUAUCGAUUGAGCUCUCCGUUUGGCGGCCUCGCGAAAAUAACCGAUUUAUUUUUUCAGAUUUAUUAACCAUACUGAUGCAUACAUAUGGCGUAGAUUGCGUUUUUUUACAAUACGAGCUAUGACGACGAUUUUGCAUAAUAUUAACAAUUGGAGAUCCCGUCAGAACGAAAACUGUUGAUCAUGUAAAUACGAUAUACAUUCGUAGCGUACGAAUAUUAUUAUUACUAUAAAGAAUAGAAAAAACGAGACGGACGCGUGCACGUUCACGUAAUAUGUGUGUGAUAGAAGAUGUAUGCGAACGAGAGGAAGUGUACGAAUGAGAGGAAGAUAGAGAAAGUAAAAUAAAAAAAAAAUAUAGAAAUAUAUUAUAUAUAUACAAAUAUAUAAUUUACAUAUUGUAGUUGUAAUACGCCUAGAGAUAUUUAAGUAAGGGUGUUAUACGUGAUGAAACGUGCUGUCGUGUGAACGAUUUGUGAAUCUUGUAUGCGUAGAAAGAUUGUAACGUUUAUGAGUGCAGUAAAUAUUAAUAAUAACAAUAAUAAUAAAAAA